GUGUUAAAAACUUUGUGAUUUUGUGGAACUAGAAAAAAUUCCAAUAAAAUUUAUGUUUUGUGUUUUUUUAAUGUAACUAAUUAAAUUAUUAAAUGUUGUCAAUUAUAAUUGUCUAAAUAACAACAAAUUGAGUGUAAAAUUUCCAUAAAAAACUAUAAUUUUUGUGAACAAAAGUAAACAAAUUAAAGGGAACAACAAAAUCCCUGAAACAUUAACCCAGCUUAAUCAUCAAGAUAAUUCUCCCAUAACAACAAAAUGACUACCGAAAUCCAAGAAACAUUUGGUGAUCAUAUGUCGGCCACAAAACAAAAAAUUUCCGAAGAAUUAGCCAGCAAUGAACGAGCUGUCGAUGAGGGUGGAGGAGAUUGCUGUACAAACUCUGCCAACAAACUGUCCUCAUCGAACACAGCUUGCAAUGACGCAGGCGCUCAUGAAUGCUCAAGCAGCAAUGUUGUUAAUACUGAACAACAACAAACUAAAUUAUCUUUUACCAAAGCCAAACCCAUUAUCAAUGGCAAAUGUCAUCAGCAGCAGCAACAUUCCGAUGCUGAAGAUGGUUUUCUCUCCACCUCACCGGACAGUGCCAACGAAGAGUUACUUUCCAAAACAGGCGAUCUUAAUGAAGCAGCCAUUACACUAACUCUAACCGCAGCGACACCACCCUCCAUUUGUGCCUGCAAUAAUCCCAUGGGCUGUGUUAGUGUCAAGAAUAUUUUGGAAUCUUUUAAGGCUCCUCUGUCCGAGGAACAAGCUUGGGCUUUAAUCUAUCAAUCUAUAUCACUGUAUCGUCGCAUUGCGGCUGCUGGUAAACGUCAUAUUUUCAAUGAGCUAGAAAUACCCGAUGCUGUGGAUAAUUUAAGUUUACAUCAAGAUGGCAGUAUCCACUGUUCAUGGUCGGAGGCAGAGCGUAAGAAAAAGGAUGUUAAAAUGAGGCAGCAGCAGCAAAGACAGCAACAGCAACAAGAGGAGCAAAGUGGUGGUGAUGACAAUCAUGCACAACACAUUGCCUCUCACAAGAAGAUUUUACGCAAUGUUGCUGUUAUUGUUUACAAUGCCUUGGAUUACAAUCUGCACGAGGAUGAACAGUGUCAAAUGUCCCAAGAAUUGGAAGAACUUAUUACCCACAUGACAGAAGAUGAAGCUGAUGAUGACUGCAUUGAUGAAGGGAUUGACGAGGGCUACAAGCGUUGGGACGAUGAACAUGAUGAAACCAAAGAAUUCGAUUAUGUGUUAGAGGCCUGCAAAAAUCACAUAAAACCCACUGUACCUGAAGAGCACUAUAAAGCUGUUUGUCGAGCAUUAGUAACAGAAACUCUGGAAUUGCGAAUAUUUCUGCAGCAAGUUUUAACUCAAGGUGCCGAUAAUCUACAUUUAAAAGCCGAUUCUCAAACAUCUCAGAAAGAGUUGGCCAAACUGGGCUUUAACGAUUGGGCACGUUUUUGGGUCCAAGUCAUUGAUGAGUUGAGACGAGGUGUACGUUUAAAGAAGGCCAACUAUGAAAGGGCGCCCACAGAAUACGAACUAACACCUUAUGAAAUACUCAUGGAGGAUAUACGGUCAAGAAAAUAUCAAUUACGCAAAGUGAUGGUUAAUGGUGAUAUUCCACCGCGCGUUAAAAAAGAUGCUCAUGCCUUAAUAUUAGAGUUUAUUCGGUCACGGCCUCCUUUGAAAAAGGCUUCUGAACGUAAACUUCCCCCGCCGAUUAAGCGCACUCCUUCGCCUAGAGAACAGCUAAUGGAUUCAAUACGCCAAGGUCGCACUCUUAAACACAUACCAUCGCCAACGCUUCCCCGCCUAAAAGAUCGACUGCUUCCUCUUUCGACAGCUUCAACAACUGCAACACAGCAUCAGCAUCAUCAUCAUCAACAACAGCAUCACCAUCAACCUCAUAGUACACUGCGUGAUUCCUAUAAGUUGCAAGAAAAUAUGGAGCCAUCACCACAGUCUGCGACGUCAGCCACCACAAAAACGUCACGUUCCAAACAGCGUCUAAUCAAAGUUGAUUUGUCAUUGUUGCAGGACGAUGAUAAUUGUUUCGAUGAGACCUCGUUGGCCUCCACAUCGUCGUCGGUCUCAACGACCAUCGGCGGUGGUGGUGGUCAUAAUAUAGGUGUGUGUUCACAACCAAAAAUGCCUCCAUAUCCAAUUGGUGGCUAUAUGAUGAGCGACACCAUGGCUGCGUCAAGAGGACUCAAGUGUAGCAAUAAUAACAACAACAAUACGAAUGUGAAUAGCACGUACCAACAUCAUCAACAACAACAACAACAGCCCACAACGACACGUGUAACGCGUCGUACAACUUAUGAUUUGGCCACACAAUGCGAGUCUCGGCGGGUUUCGGCUCGACGUCAUACCAUUGUCGGCUGUCAAAGUAAUUUCGAUGAGACACAUUCAAUGCCUCCAUCACGACCGGAUUCACGACAGUCGGAUGUGCACGGGAAUGUUGGCGGUGAUAAUGUGAGCGCAGCCAAACAGCUACACAAUGAUUACAACCAACAACAAGAACAACAACAACAGCAGCAGCAUCACCAUCAUCAUCAUCAACAACAACAACUAAAGCGUUCUCAAAGUCCCAGUAAUGAGGAUAUUAACAACAUUAGCAAUUCUUCAUCCUCACUUGGCCCGUGGAACAAAUCCUUUAUGGAUGAGAAGACCUGGAACGAACGUGGCGAUGAUCGUCUAUCCCUAACACUGGAAGAGAUUGUACACAUUCGUUCGGUUAUGACAAAAGCCGAACUCGAAGGUCUUCCCGUGGGUAUACGUGUCAAGGAGGAUGUGGAAAAGCGUAAAAUUUGUUUUUUAUGCCUGCGCACAAGAUUCUCAAUAUUUGGUCCCUGGGGUAUACAGUGUAAAAUAUGCCAGCGUACCGUAUGUUCCAAAUGUUAUACAAAGAUGCGCAUACCUUCCGAACACUUUCGCAAUGUUCCACUUGUUUUAAUCUCACCCUCAUUACUAGCAAGUCCUGCGGGUUCGAGUACCCCCUCACCUUCUCAUCAUGCCCGUUACAUGCACUCCUCUUCGACGGGCAAUAUUUUAGAUGAAACUUUCCCCAAGUCUUUAAUUGAAAGACUAAUGGGUUCAGAGGCUGAGCGUAAGGCUCGCAAUUCGGUGGGUAGUGCACCAUCAUCUCCUAAACACCAAAGAUCAAAUAUGAGCACACCGGGCAUUUUGGCCGGCGGUGUGGAUGCUGCUGCUGCAGGUCAAGCAGUUGAGGCUAUACACGAUACUUCCGCAAUGACAACAUCAUAUACGGCUGGCACCACCGCCUACCAGCAUCAUCAUCCACAACAUCAGCAACAACAAUACCAGCAACCGACGAUGAUGGCCAAUGGUGGUUACAGUUGUAAGGAAAAUCAACAUGCCAACAAUCGACAUUUUAGUAUUAUGUCACGCAGUAUGGAAGGACCACGCAGUUUACCUGUACAUAGUCCUGCUUCCAGACCACAUUCAAACAGCAGUACAUUGGAUAGAAAAACAAAAUUUGCAAGAGCUUAUACACUCUCCUCCUCGGGCACUCAGCUGAGUCAGGAUCAAGAAAAAAUGCGCGGUGAAUUGGUGCCCGUUUGCAAUGACUGUCGCGGUCUUGUUAUGGAAAUCUCAAGAUCAGCCAAACAAAAACGUUCGUCGGCACGCAACCGAACCCUUAAGAAUCUCACACUUGAUUUAUCGCCUGUAUGGAAAUGAAGGAAAUACAGCAAUGCAAAGAAAUAAAUGUAUUAGAAAGAAAAGAAAUGGCUGAGCAAAGCUUACAAGUAAAUUUUAUGUAAAUCGUACUGACUAUGGGCUGAAGAAAAGGAAAGAAAAAAAAAUACUUUUAAAAUUAAUCUAACUAUUCCUGAGUUUUACUAGAUAAAGGAGCAUGUGAACCCCUGCUCCUCCUCCUCCCAUAAAAUAGAUAAAUUUGUGUGUAAACUGUUUAGGAAAAUGUAGUAUGAUGUAUGAAGUUGUAUGUACGUAAUUAAUUUGUACCUUUAAUUGUGUCUCUCUAUAUCUGUGUAACAACGUCUAGCAGUGUAUUCGUAAUUUGUCUAUAAUUAUAUUAGAAUUUAUUGAAAUCAAUAUUACUGACAAACUAUAUAGAAGCAAAUUACAUAUUUAACAAAGAAUUUAAACAAAACAAACAAAAAAAGAAACAUCAAAACAAAGUCUUCUUAUAAAGUAAAUGUCUUAAUUUAAAUGCCUAUAAGUUCAUAUCAUUUAGAGAAAUAUCUUAACGUUUGUUUUGAAAAAAAAAACUUCUUUAAAUUUAACGCACAUGAUUUGAAAAAGCAAGUUUCGCUUUAUGUUUAAACAAAAAUUUCGCUUUGUUUUAAUGCUUUAGCAAAUUUAAAAUAAUUUAUAAAAUUUCUUUCAUUUAAUUUGCUUCAAUCUUAGUUUUCUAUUUUAUUUUAUGUUUGUAAAACUUUUCGUUUAUGAAUAUUAGUUUCUUUUGUUGUCUAAAGGACCUUAAUUUCUUUGUUUUUAUUAUAUAUUAUAAAGAAUAUUGAUUUAAUUUCCUUAUAUACAUUAUAUUGUUUAUAUUUUUGUUUUAAUUAAGUAUUAAUCAUUGCUAAUUAUAAUUCCUAUUAAGCUAUUACACUUUAAACAAUACGAUUAUGUUGUAUCAUAAGUUUUUUUUAUAUAUUUAUAAUGGAAGCAAAAGAAAAGCAAAGGAUAUUUAUUUUUCUGAGCAAACCACAAGUUAGAUUAAUAUCAAUAUUAAACAUAAGCCACUUAUUUCAUAAUAAUAAACAAGGCCCCGACCUUUUUAAAAUUUAAUUUUACAAAUUUAAGUUUUCAAACACAAACACAAAUUAUAUUUCAAAUCAUAUAAACACUAUAAAAAAAACCCCAACCCACCCGCUUUAUUUUAUAAUUACAUAAAUAUAAGCUAAAAUUUAUAAAUGAUUUAUAAAAUAAUUGAUGUUGACCUCAAAUUCAUUUUAUAAAUCACUUAUCAAAUUUAACUUCUAAUUACAAUAACGUUUAUAUUAUAAGAUAAACAAUUAAAUUAAGCAAGCAUUCCCUUAAGUUGUAAAUUACACAUUGUUCAUUAAGUAACAAAUUAAUUUAAACAAUUACUAACAAAUUUCAGUUC